UGUCCCUCCCCCCAGCUCCAGUAUAUGUCCUCCCUGACACAUGGAUCCGCUUUUUCCUGCCUCGAAACCCCUUGUCCUUCCCUGGAGGUACUCAGCCUAUUCUAGUUAUGUGUGCUUCGUGUGGGGGUGUCUAGGAAGAGCAGGGUCUGCAGUGGGACCUCACUUCACUCCCAGCUGCACUGUGGCCUAGCUGUGUGCACGUAGGUCAAUUAUCACCGCUCUGAUACUCCGUUUUCUCAUCUGUAAAGUGGGAGCUAAUAGCAUAUCAUGACUUAAGGUCAGUUUUUAGGAGGAGUCAAAAGAUGAUUGCAUGUCAAGGCUUAGCGUAGUUUCUGGAAUGUGCGGAGUGCUCAGGCAGCAGUGGUUUUCCAAUAAUUUGUGGCCAGGCCUCGUCUUCGGGGUCUGCCUCCACGGGGCCAUCUGCGGAGUCUCGCCCAUCCCUUGAUGGUGCCAAGGGCUGCUGGAAUCGCAUAUGACUUGAACAGAACGCAGGUCACAGCCCCUUGAUCUGGUGGGAGGGGCACCGUGGUCCCGGUCAGGAUGAUUUGGAGGAUGUCCCACGGCCCUCGCUUUGACAGCUGAGGUCCCCUAAGCUGGACUUAGGCUUGAGGGGCUAAGUCAUCUCCUGUCACCGGGGAGGCCCCUACUUCCUGCUGAACAGAGCCAGAGCGUGUCUUCUAGAAGCUGGUCCAGCCAGUGCCCAGGCCUUUAGCGGAGACUGGUUGAAAGGAAAUGUAGGGCGAAUGCAGUGAAGCUCAGGCGGCAGCUGGGAAAGAGAACCUGACGCGCCCUGGGAAGCCCUCUGGGGCACCCCCGCUCUGUCCCCGCAUGUCCACGCUUCAGGUUCCUCCCCUGCCUUUCGGCACGUCUGUACCUCAAGCUGUUCCUGGGCAUGGAGCCACCACGUCCCUGUUGCCCCAAACACAGGAGCAGGUCUUGCCCCCCCUCCCCAGUGACAGUCUUUGCUGGUUUUUCUCUUGCAGCCAGACGCCACUCCAGGGUCCGGCCCAAGGUCACGGGCCUGAGCUACGCCUGCCCGACCCCCGCCCUCAGCCGGCCCCUGAAUGAGACGGCUCUGACCCCCCUGGCGGAGCAGGAGGGCGAGGCCUACCUGGAGAAGUGCGGCGGUGUCCGGCGGCACACGGUGGCCAACGCCCACUCGGACAUCCAGCUGCUGGCGAUGGCCACCAUGAUGCACUCGGGCCGGGGUGAGGAGCCUGGCGGGGAGGACGAGGGCCUGCUCCUGCCGCCCAGCUUCUCGCCAACGCACCGGCAGUGCUCCAGCGAGCCCAACAUCACCGACAGCCCCGAUGCCCUGCAGCAGGGGGCCGCGGGCAGCCAGGGGGACUCCGAGCUGAACUGUGCUUCCCUCGGCUGAAUGCCCACCCCCAGGACCUCCCAGCCCCGGCCCGACCACUGGCGGGAGCAGGCUCCGUGCCCCGGGCAGGGGCGGGUGGGGCAGAGCUCCCCAAGGGGCUCCUCCUGGAGGCCUAGUCCAAGUGUCCUGGUUGUGAACCUCUCCGUUUUCGUGACUGUGACCCCCCUCUUGGCAGCCACACAGACCCAACUGCCUGAUGCUCACUUUCUGCUUGCCUGACUCCGGAUCCUCCUCUGCGGGCCCUGCCCCCAGAUCAGUGCUGUCCACGCUCCGACCAUAUCGCCCAGGGCCGCUGGCUUGAUGAUCGCGGGAGGUCGGCUGAGCCGCACACAAAGCCCACAGGGAUGCAUUGGCCUCCGGAGAUCCCCUGUAGGUUCUUGUGAUGCGGGGCUGCCAGGAGAAAAGAGGUGGUAGAGCGGUACCCCUCCUCCCCUGCUCUGGGUGGAGCGAAAGCAGGCAGCGGCCCCUGCCAAGCACGACGCUGGGAGCGUGCCUUCCUGUUUUACUUUCAGAAUUCCUGGAAAAGAGUUGUCCCUCUGGUGGGUGAGGGUCAUUCCGCUCGGUAUCCAGAUCCUACAUGCCGCCUUUGACUUUUGGCCCCGGGGGGCCACCCGGCUGGAGAAACGUCCUCUUUGAUGAAGCCUCGGCACUCUCCUCUCUGGCCUCCUUCCAAGCUCAAGGAACUAACCUCCCUGGUGGAGUAGCUGGUGCCUUUGUUCCGCUCUGAUUUCAGAAACUGACCAUUUUCCUGUUAUGGGUGCGGGGCCAGUGGAUGCCAACCAAGUAGUCUGUUCCUGGAUUUGACUUGAAUUUUUUUAAUGCGCAUCGUUUCAAAAAAAAAUUUGUUUGCAAAUAUUUGCACGUAGGUUCUUGCAUUGCUCAUUUCCAAGGGCGUGUGUCUUCAAACUAGAAAAUAAACAACCCCCCCCCCCCCCACUUAGGAAAAGAGCCUGGAAGUGGUUCAGGGUGCAGGUGAUCCGUGGUGGGCAGGGCUCAUCAGCUGCAGAGUGCUGGAAGCAGCUGGACUUAAAUCCAAAAUGGCCUGUGUUUGUGAGCAUCACGGUCCAUAGCACUGAGUUAGGGAGGCUCCGUUUGCCUCAAGAGCAGAGGGUCAUAGCAAAUGCAAUGUCUCAGUGCUUUAUAGUAGGGGAAGAUGGGGGGAGAUGUGGGCAGGACCUUUUGGAGAGAGGUUCGUUCCCUGUGAUUAAAGAAGUGCCUGGAAUUUCUAACAUCUGAGCUCUCAAAAUGCUGUUUGGGGCAGCAGGCUUUGGUACUGUGCUGAAUCCUUAACACUGUUCCCUCUGGGUCUGGGCUUUUUAUCCACCUAGAAGCCCUCUUCUCUUUGUAUUUGCCUGUUGGCCCCACCAAUAACAGCUCCAGAAAAAAGAGAAGGCUUUCCCGAGUCCUUCUGGUACCUUCUAGGUGUCCUGUUAGUCUUUGGAAACUGUUAAUGAGACAUGAGCCAGCUUGGCUUCCAAUAUGGCAGGAGGUGGCUGGGAGAGGACGAGGACAGUGUGAGCUGCCAGCAGGGAAGGCGGCCUUCUAAGCAUAUCUAAGUCUUGACGGCACAUCCCUUCUGGGUGAAGAGCUGGAAUAUGACCAGAGUCAUGCUUUGGAUAGCUUGUACUUUUGGAAAGUUAGUUUAAAACGUUGUCUCAUUUUUAUUCUUCUAAGAGAACGUGGAAAGAAAUGUCCAAAGGAGACCUUCUGAGAAUUUCAAACAAAAAAUAAGGUCUGUGUAUGUGUUGGAUGAAGUCCACAAAUUGACUAACGUGCAUUAGCAAUAGAACAUCAGUAAGUAACAACAUGAUGAUUUAUUUGACUGCUGGUGUCUGUGCUUACUGGCACUCGGGACUAGUAUUUAUCGAUCCAGGCGAAGUCAUUAAUCAUGCUUGGGUAUGCUUCUUUAGUUUCCAACGUUAAUGAUACACACGCUUGUAAAUGCCUUGUCCUUAUACUAAAUGCCCCUGAUGAGGCCAGCAACCAUCGGUUAAACACGUGAGCGCUCAGGCUGAGAACGGGAGUGUCAGUGUAGACCCAGUGUACUUAAUUGCUGGCUGUGAGCCAGUUUACAACUUCACCUUUGAUGUCUCUGCCUGAUCCUGUGCCGUGGGUAUUUCAGACUGUACAGAGACACUUUUGUUGAUGUUGAUGGGCAUUUUAGCCAUCAGACCUGUCGCGAGCGCGACGGUGGUGGUGCUGGCAAGCACUUUUUCGCCCCUUUAUGAGACGAAGCUAGGAUCUUCUGGUGGCUGCGUUUUAAUGACAGGAAGCUAUCACGACUGCAAGCUCUGGGUGAGCUCACAAACCAAAAACCUUUCAUGUUGUCUGUUUCCAAAAUAGAUUCAAUAAACAUCAUUUUGUACACGUCA